AUGGUUUCAUCAGUAAUUCUUAUACCUCCCAGUAAUCCAAGCCAGAUUCAGUCAUCCCAGGGAAGUCAAAAUGUUAGAGCUGGCACUUUCUCUGAGGGAGUGGUUGCAACAAAAGAGCCAAAGGUGUGCAAUGAAUUAAAAAUACCACAAGGUGAAAAACAGAUAUAUGAAAGGGUAAAUUUAAAGAAUGAAAAUUAUACACCAUUAGUUUCCUCUGUUUACCUUAUGUUACAUUAUUUAAAAAUAAUUUUUAAUUUUUAUCUGUUUGCUAUUGCAGCCCUCCAAAUGCAAUCAGCAGUGAGCCCACGCCUACUGCACCUUUAGCAACAAGUCCAAAGGAGGAAGAAGACAGCAUAACGGCAGCUUUAAACCAAGCAGUAGAAGAGGAAACCAAACUGAAGGAAGAAGAAAUGCCUUCAUUUGAUGAAUUUAAAAGAAGAGUUUUACAGGAGGAAGAAGAGAAAGGUAAACAGCAGAGUGCUGAGAACUCAAGUGGAGCUGCACCCAAACUCAAGAAACUAAAGGAACGAAAACAAAGCAAUUACGCUUCAGUAGACUGUGGUGCAAAGAUCUUAGAUCACAAUAGUGAAGCAUCUAAUGUUGACAGUAUUUUGGUCGAAAAUAGAGACUUGUAUAUGUUAAAUCCGUGUAGCGCACAAGUGUGGUUUAUUGUGGAGUUAUGUGACCUGGCUCAAGUCAAAAGCAUACAAAUUGCAAACUUUGAACUAUUCUCUUCUACUCCUGAAAGCUUUCGGGUGUAUGUCAGUAAAAGAUAUCCCACAAGAGAGUGGACUAUGUUAGGGACAUUUCAAGCUCGCGAGGAAAGAACGAUACAAACUUUUCCACUAGAUGAACCAAUCUAUGCCAAGUACUUUAAGGUAUGAAUCUGUGAACAGUUUGCUGUGAAGUCGCCCAAAGCCAAAGUUAGUCAUCAUGCUGCAGUUGUUUAAAAAAUGGAUAACAUUAUCUGCCCGAUAAGUCACUACACGUAUCUACUGGAUAACAUGACUGGUUUCCCUAAUACUUAUCCACCGGAUAGUGAUUUAUAUUGUGGAUAUUAUUAGUGCUAUCCAAGUUUUGAACAGCUGUGGCCAGAAGGUUUAUUAUGCUCAGCAACUUUCUAACAUCCUAAAUACACAUUCAUCACACUUGUUUUGUCUCAUUGAGGCUUUAAGAACGAGAUAUGUCACUCAUGUAUCGCGCCUUUUUCGCCGUCUUGUGGCUUAAUGAACGACGUAUUUAGUGUACAACACAUUUAUCAUGCUCGUUUCGUCUAAGACUUUAAAGAACAAGACAUUGCACAUAUGAUGCUUAUAAUUGUCUUAUUAACGAAUCCCUUAUUUUAAGUACCUUGUAGGUAGAAAUUUCUUUCUUUUUUGGAAUUCUGUCGAUGCGAAGACAAUUUUUAGCUUUUUUAAACAGAUACAUUGUGGCAAAUAGUGUGAUAUAAACCCUCUAAGUACCUUAUGUGUUGUCCUUAAUUCAAUUAGGUUGAGAUGUUGAGUCACUUUGGCUCAGAGCAUUACUGCACACGGAGCCUUCUGCGUGUGCACGGCAGCAGCAUGAUGGAAGAGCUGGAAGACCAUGAAACAGAUGGACAGGAAGAGAAUGAUAACAGUGACAGUGACAGUGAUGUGCCAGUGUUACCUUCUGAUCCUAGUGCCAAGGUUGAAGAUCAACCCAAGGAGCAAAAUGUGCUGGAAAGAGCAGCUGAUACAGUUUUUAAUCUGGUCAAGAAAUUCACUGGAAAUGGGCAUGAUAACAAGCAAGAUAAGGAAGGAGAUGAUAGUAAACUCGGCGCCCAAGACAAUAAAAUGACUGCUUCUGAGAAGGAAUCCCAAGGUGAAAGCAAGGGCAAAAUUGUCACUCUUGUUGGUCAUGAAGAGCUCAACGAAAAUUCACAAAUGAGUGGUGACAAUGCCUGUCUAGUAAAGCAAGGUCACAGUCGUGAUAGAAAUGCUUCACAAGGAAAAUGUGUGUCUGGUAAUAUAAGCUAUGAAGAUAGUCCACCUUGCAGCAAAGCAGAUAACGAGGGAGAGACUUGUACAUGUAGCCCUACUCCGUCAGCAUGCCAGUUGUUUGCUCAGGUAUUAGGGCACUACAGUCUGGGGUGUUUUGUGGGACGAAUACUGUUUUCAAAGAAU